AUGCCUACCCAACCACAACAAUCCAUUCUCGAAAGCAGGGAGCAUCACGCAUAUUCGAUAGAGAAUGGCUUUACACGCCCUGUCUCGCGAGCUGAUAGCGUGACGACCACGUGGUCCUCUGCAGAGGUUCCUCUGUUCCUCGACAGCGGCUUUGCCUCUUCUUCAGACUCGACCAUGGAUCUUCAAGCGCAUCUGUCGGGAUUCUCUCGCUUUGGGGAAGAUGAACGCAGCAUCGAGAGAGUCACCACGCCGCCGCUGCCUCGUUCGCCACUCGUUACAAAUUAUGCCGACCCUUCUGAUUAUAGCCCGCCCUGGCUCUCAAAGCUCUCACCUCCGAAGACAUCACCCUUCAAACAGAAGCGCAGGCCACCGGCGCUGCAAUUGCAGGCGUCCAGCUCAACGAGCUUACACCGAGCCACCUCGUCUACCAGCAUUACGUCUCCAGUCGAAGAUUUCAACGGUCCACAAGGCGGUGACCUUUCGAGCGCUAUUGAGAGGAACCUCAAAGUCGAGGCUUCGCAGCGGCAAGAGAUGACCCACCCCGAUCUGCCAGAGGCGCUUUAUUCUCGCUCUCCCGUCAACCUCCUUUUCGAUCCCAACUACUGCAUGGGUCAGCCUCCCUGUGAACGUCCGCAUCAGCAUGCAAUGACCAGCUAUGAAGGGCCGCGCUUGCACCCUGCUGUACGUGAACAAUCGUCCAGCAGAACGCCGAGCGAUGAGUACAGCCCUGCUAGGGUACCGUAUGCCGACUCCGUCCAGAGCUCAGAGUCGUCAUCACACGCCACGGACAGCAUCGGUAUUCGUACUCCUGAGCAUCCAUGCGCGCCUCUCUCACUCGCAUCGACUAUGAAUAGCAAAGAGGUUCCGGUAUACGCCUCUCUGCCGCCGUUUCGAUCGCACUGCGACCUGCGCAACGCAUCUAUUGGCCCCGACAUUGAUCACUUGCGAGUGCAAACCUUGACGCUACGGACGCGGAAUUCUUCGCUCACGAAGUCCCAGUCGCGAAUUCGACCCAGCACGACGGAGGCAAGAGCGCAAAAGUCGCCUCGAUUGUCGACUCCUCGCGUGGAAGACCGAGAACGCUUGCCCAAAGCAUAUGCACCGUCUGAUGACAAGCUCAUGUCCAUGGUGCGGACAAGAUCGCGCACGCUUGGCUCGCUCGAGCGACCACACACCACUGGACUGCUCUUCACAUCGCCCGCAGGACACGUCAAGUCUGCAGGGCAGCAGCGCAGUGUUGACCUCACCGAUGUACGGAGAAACAGCGCACUUGAUGCCGGCACUACCUACACGAUCGAUGGGGCCAGCAUGAUGGCUGCGCAAAUUUCCCCCACUCAGUUAUCCUUCUCCACCGAGUCGGGCUAUGCAGAGCCCCGCACACCUCGAACUCCUAGGUCUGCGCUCCGGCCCAAAUCCCAAGGCGGCUGGGCAGCGUAUCUGAGUAAAGGAUUGCAGUUGCGUAUCGAACAAGAGGGAGGCAGCUGCAGCACCAUCACCAUGCAGUACAUGUCGUACGAUCCCUUUGGCCGGUCCGAAUCUCUUGCGCCUGUCGAAGACGCAUCGCGACCUCCUACGCCCAGGAGACCAAAGUCUCGCAGCUCGAAAGACGACAGCGAGGAAGCAGUCGGCAUCCUGCACUUUGCCCCUGCUGUCGACGCGAAACAACUCUCCUUUUUGGCAUCAAGCACAUCUGCUUGUCCCAUUCUUCGACACCUGUCUGUUGCUGAUGACCAUCGAGCAGACCUCUUGACACGGCAGGCAGCGCUCACUGUCGUCAAUAGUGGCGCUCACGAGGCUUCGGGCAGCGAACGGAAAGGACGACUUGCGUGGCGUUUCCUUUAUGAAGUACAGGACUUUUCGGAUGGCAAUAGCAAUGCUGACGCGCGAUAUAAACUCAUCAAGCCAGUGUCCUUUGCCUGCUCGGCCACUUUGCUUGAUCCAGAUAGAGCACGCAAGUCCCGUCUCUUGAAGUUGGUAAAGAAACAGAUCGGCUCGCAGAUUGUGGCGACACCAGUGUCCAUCCCGUCCUGCCAAGGUUCGAUCCAUGACGAGUCUGUUUCAGCCUUGUCAUCUCCACAACGCUCGGACACGCCAUUACAGAACAGCUACUUACCACACGCUGCGCCUGCAUCCCGGCCAUCCAGUCCACGGCAUGAAUCUAGCUUGCUCACGUCAGAAGGGCGCGAGCGGCAGCCGACAGACGCCCGACCGACGACGCCUGGUGGCCUGGUCCCAUUCAAAAUGGCACGCUCCAAGGUCAGUAAAGCCUCCCUUCGUCAGUCGGCAAAGCUACAAGCUGAGCAAGCGGCAGCAGCAGCUGCGCCUGCUGUGCCUGCGCUGCCUGCGCUGCCUGCCGGUCUUGCUGAGCACCGCGCUGCUGUGGCUCCCAAUUCAAAUCUCGGACGCCCUGCUUUGUCCCGCCCACGUUCCAACACAAAUGGGGCUACUACGGCCCGACCUGCAACAGCCUCUGAGCUGAUCAAAUGGGAGUAUUUGGAUAGGCAAGAGGCGUCUCGAGCGGGCGUGCUACACCCUGAUACGUUUGCGAACGUGGAUGUGCGCGCACGCCGAAGGCGCUUGCGGACCGCAGAAGGCACUGUACACGCUGAAGAUGGGUGUCAGGUGCACCAGUCGUAUCCGCCGCUCACGCCGCCGAGGAAGACGAGACCUCGGAUGAGUCAGACUGGAGGAGAGGAAUAUCCACCUCAAACUUGUCUGGUUGGCUUCAGUCCUUCGCGACAGUUGUAA